AUGUCCAUGGCAGCGCUGCGGGAUUUCUAUCAUGCCGCAGUGGACGGGUCGACUAUUGUAUCCUACUGGAAGAGGGAUCCCAAUGACAAUUUGUGCGAUAAGUUCACCCUGCUACUCGACAUGGUCGCAGGCGCAGACUGUGACGAUUCUGACGAAGAAGCAGAUGAUGACAUGGGCGCGGUGGGGUCACCAUCUCCAGGCUAUACAAGGCUUGCGCAGGACGAUGACGAGAAUCCUAUCAUAUCUGACAAGAUCCUCAGCUCCGUGUCCCAUGAGACAAAUAAAGUUUUGGAAGAUCUGGGAAACAAGGCACCUAUGACCAAUGGAAGGAGGAGGUGUCCUUUGUGUCCAUUUAGAUCAUUUACUCAGCUGCGUCUCCUUCGAACCCAUGUUCAGAAACAUCACACGUCAAAGAAUCAGUACGUCUGUUCGGGCACAAAGCAAAUCAAAGUUAUUCUUGCACUAUAUGAUCAUGCAGCCUCGUCUCAAACGAGAGCCGCAGACUUGUUGCAGACAAGUGCAGCCGUGAUGCGGGCGACUAUUGAACCUGCCCUAUGUGAACGCAUCAACUGCAUCGACAAGCAGAUCAGACAGGUUCUUGAUGCGGAUGGUCCUCACUACGUGAACGUGUCUGCCAUUGGCGCCACGCUGCAGGUUAUGGGUCAGGCUCCUUGUCGUGCCUCUAAGAAAGUCAGGGACGAAGCUCCCUUCGGAGACGCUGUGGCAUGGAGGCGCCUACUGACCGUCAGAGGGAGAACGGGUGCUGUACUCAUGAUGCACCCCCUACAGAAUGAGUCCUCUGAGCAAAUCGUCGAGGCCAUGCAACAGAACUUUACCGAGGAACAACUGCAAUCUGUGCGUUAUGUCGGCACAGAUAGUCCUUCGGAGAAGUUAUUUACACAGCUGCAGUACAUUUGCCCGAAUCUGGAGGCGUUGAUGCUGGAUCCUAUUCAUCUUGCUAUAGUAUACGAAUAUGCAUUCUGGAACAAGAAAAGUUCAGGAUCAAAACAGCUGCGUCGGAUUCUUCGUAAAUGCAUCGCAGUGGAUUCGAGUCUGGACAAGAACUACUGGCAAUUGCCGUACGAUGGAAAGAUGGCGAGGCCUCUGGGUGAUGCGGAAAAUAAGUUCAGGGAUAUGAUUCUCGACCUCUCCAUGUCUGAACGCGAGGCUGUGCAGUUGUUGGAUCAAUUGGACCAGGACACUCCAUUUCUCAAUCGUGUGGAGUUCAUCAAAUCGGUGGCCGCAUUGUGUCGCAUCUACAAAUCCGAGGUGACGCGUGCGGCUGCAGGGCCCAACAAAGCCAUCAACAAGAUAGUUUGA